AUGGCUUCGACACACUACCUCCUCGCCAACCCCUGUGCGGGUCAAAACAUCGGAUAUCUCCGUCUCGCUGUCGUCGGAGACAGCGCUGUUGGCAAGACUCUCUUUGCUCGCCAGUUUGUCGAAACCCUUCCCGAGGUACUCUCUCACGACUGGGAGCCAUUGAAGCCUCGUCGCACCAACGAGGACGACGAGGACGAGGACGAAGAUGAUUAUGUGCAGACACAGGAGUUGACGGAACGGUUCUCGAGUACCAUGAUGGAGAUUCCUUGGGACAAUAUGGAUGCUGACGAUGAAGCGCCAGCCCGCAACCUCGUCUUUCUCGAUACUCCUGGUUACGGGAGUGUGAUCGAUGCCCGCACCAACUUCGCCCUGUUCAUGAACCACGUCAGCCAGACCUUCGAGGAAAAGAACAGCAAGAUCUCGCCCUUUAUCGAGGUCACCAAUAACGAACUCAUGCGCUCUCUUGUCACAGGUGUAGGAGCCCACAAGUUCAUCGAUGUUUGCUUCUACCUAAUCGUCCACCGGCUCAAACCCCUCGACAUCGAAUACAUGCGCAUCAUCUCCGAAAAAGUCAACGUCGUCCCCGUCAUCUCCAAAAUCGACACCCAAUCCGAACAGGACGUCCAACAACUCAAAGUCCACGUCCUCAAAACCCUACGCGAACAAGGAGUCUCCAUCUAUACCUUCAGGAUCGACUAUGACAAAUUGAUCCAUAUGGCCGAGACGGGACAACAGGGCGGGCCACCAUUUGCGGUAUCGAAUGUGCCACCAAAGCCGAGUUCUGAUGACCCGCUGGAUCAGAUCCCAUUUACGCAUGCGAUGAAUGAGUUGCCGUUGUUGAGGAAGUUGGUGUUGGAAACCCAGAUUAAUAAUGUGAGGCAGUUUACAGUCAAGAAGUUUAUUAAUUGGCGAUCCAAGCAGAUUGCGCUCCAACAGCAACAGAUGCAGAUGCAGGGACAACAACAGCAGCAGCAGUUGCAUGCCCCCAUGCCAUACUUUCCGGUCCUGCAGUCGCUGCAGGAACUCGCCGCCAGCGCACCGACCAUCGCUUAG